UCAGGGAUGCAGAUGAAUCUGAAGUGCCCAAAUGACAGCCAAAAUCAGGCACUUUCUGUUCUAUCAGAGACUAAUUCCAUUGCCAGUUGGGAUGCAAGAUUGUGUGGGUUUGGCUACCAACACACACCAAGGGGGGUCUUAGACAACUUCAAGACCUACAAUUCCUUCCCUCUGCCCUCCCCGCAGAGAAAACGACGAGCCAAUCAGAAGGCUGGGUGUGUCCAGAGUCCUUUUCCGCUUCUCUCCAUCAGAAGCAGCUGCCUGACUGAAAGGAGAAGCGGAGGGAAGAAGAAAUCAGAACGGAGGAGAGAGAGGCUCUCAUCUCCGACCAAGGCACGCCGCCUCUGUUUGUAUACAGUACGCUUUCCAGCCAGCACAGCCUUUUCUUCCAGCCCUCCCUUGCUCUCUCUUCAUUGUUCUCUUCCCGGCGGCGGCGGCGGGAGCAGCCAGUCAAGAGGCUGUCACGACAGACGGAAGGGAAAAGAGCGAGGCUCCCCUCCUCUCUCCCUCUCCCACCCGCACACACCUACCAGCACUUUUCUCUGCGAGCGGCGAGUAGGCUCGUGGCGCUUCAGCAUGUGAGCUGCGCUUAGGUCUCUCAGAUCUCCCCUUUAAUGUUAGGCGAGACGCAGAACCUAUGAGGAAAGGAAAAAGAGAGAGAUAGAAAGAGGGAAGGAGGCAAAAGGGAGUUUUCUCUUUCUUGAUCCACAGGGCAGAAAGGUUUUCAUUCGACUAGAAAUAAUUUUAAGACAUAGCUUUUAAUCGCCAAGUGGCUAGAUAGAAGGACUCUUCCAGCCUUCCGCCCUCCUCUGCCUGCGCUAAACUCACGCCUCUUUUUUUUCCAUCUACUUGGGAUCGUCCCUUGGGGGAUUCAAAGACCAUGAGCCGCUGGGUAGCCGCCUGGUUCCUGUUGUGCUUGAGUCUCGAACCCCCUUCGUUCGCCAAAGAGGAUGCAUGUGACUCUAAUCCUUGUGAAAAUGGAGGCAUCUGUGUGUCUGGUUUGGAUGGUUUCUAUACUUGCGAAUGUCCUGAUGGCAUCACAGAUUCCAAUUGUUCUAGUGUUAUGGAGGUUGAUGUGAAUGAGUGUGAAGCUGAACCCUGCAAGAAUGAUGGUAUUUGUACAGAUCUGGUAGCUAACUAUUCCUGUGAGUGCCCAGGUGAAUUCAUGGGGAGAAAUUGUCAAUAUAAAUGCUCUGGACCAUUGGGAAUAGAAGGAGGAAUCAUUUCUAACCAACAGAUUACUGCAUCAUCUACCCACCGGGCUCUUUUUGGGCUCCAGAAAUGGUAUCCCUACUAUGCACGACUUAACAAGAAAGGUCUCAUAAAUGCUUGGACUGCAGCAGAAAAUGACAGAUGGCCAUGGAUUCAGAUAAACCUACAGCGAAAAAUGAGAAUCACUGGAGUUAUCACACAAGGUGCCAAGAGAAUUGGAAGCCCAGAAUACAUUAAAUCAUACAAAAUUGCAUAUAGCAAUGACGGUAAAUUAUGGAGCACAUACAAAGUGAAAGGCACUACUGAAGAUAUGGUUUUCCAUGGAAAUGUGGAUAAUAAUACACCUUAUGCAAAUUCUUUCACCCCGCCAAUAAAAUCUCAGUAUAUACGAUUGUAUCCUCAAGUCUGUAGAAGGCAUUGUACUUUGCGAAUGGAACUUCUUGGCUGUGAAUUAUCAGGUUGUUCUGAACCUUUGGGGAUGAAAUCGGGACAUAUACAGGAUUAUCAGAUCACUGCUUCCAGUAUCUUCAGAACACUCAACAUGGAUAUGUUCACAUGGGAACCCAGGAAAGCUCGACUAGACAAACAAGGCAAAGUUAAUGCCUGGACAUCAGGGCACAGUGACCAAUCUCAGUGGCUACAGAUUGAUCUUCUUGUUCCUACAAAAGUCACUGGCAUCAUUACUCAAGGAGCUAAAGAUUUUGGUCAUGUUCAGUUUGUGGGUUCCUAUAAAGUCGCCUAUGGAAAUGAUGGACAACACUGGACCAUAUAUCAGGAUGAAAAGCAAAAAAAAGAUAAGGUUUUCCAGGGAAACUUUGACAAUGAUACCCACAGAAAGAACGUUAUUGAUCCUCCAAUCUAUGCACGGCACAUAAGGAUCCUCCCCUGGUCAUGGUAUGGCAGAAUCACUUUACGGUCAGAGCUUUUGGGCUGUACAGAAGAGGACUGAUGCAUAAACCUGCACUUAAUAGCACAACUCUUGAUAUUUCUAAAUAUAUAUACAUAUAUAUAUAAAGAAAACUCCAUAGAAGAAACUGCAAAACCUGUAGGAAGUUGAAUGGGCUUUUCAUGAAUAAGUGCUCACUUUCUGGUAGGCUGUUCUCUUUUGUAAGGAAGUCUAAGCCUGCUCUUAAAAUAGUCCAAUUCUGAUGCAUAUUCUUACCUCUUUUUAAUUUUUCUUUUGUUCCCUUUUAAAUCUGCUCCAAUUAUUUCUCUGUUUUACUGUGAAAGUUCAUGUUCUCUUCUGAGUUGUUCUCAUUGGCUAAAAUGUGAUAAGAGCUAAAACAAAAAAUAUAAAUGAUUUUUGCAAGGGAAAUGAACAUGGUUUUACAGAGUUCAUUAGUAAUCUGAGAACAAGCUGAUGGAUGUCACUAUUUCAAAACCCAUGCAGUCAUCUUACUUACUUACAAGUGAUACUGUGGCUUUAGCAAUAAGUUUUUUCUCGGGAAUGACUUCAUUUGAUUCUUUCCCUUGUGCCUAUCAUAUACUGUCAUGACAAAUGAUACUAUUUUUGAAAACAAAAAUAUGUGGUCUGCGGUCCUUCCAUGUCACAUGCUACAUUUUGUAAUUUUUUUUUUAGAAGAGCUGAGUCCACGCACUUUAGAUUUUGUUUCCAGUUGUUUCGCUUUUUACUGAGCACAAUGGGAACAUUUCAUUGUCUUUUACAUUUAAUCCCAUUAACUGCUGCUGGUUUUUUUUUUCGGUGACCAAAGCUGAAUUUUAUAGGACAAAAUCUGUCAUUGUUACAUUAUGAAGUCUAUGACUUUGUAAAUGAAUUCAGCUUACAGGUUUCCCCCCACCCCACAAUGCUGGGCUGACAUGAAUAUGGACCAAAUCUGAAGAUGAUUCUCAGUAAAAGAAAGUUGCAUAAAUGGCUUAAUAUGGCAUCCAUGUGCUUCUGUCUUUUCUUCCUUCAGAGUUGGCUUGUUAAUCUAUGAAGGAGCUGUCCCCAACCCUUUGGGUCAGUGGGAAAGGGAGCCAGUGUGAUAAAAAAAAAAUCUAGCAUUCAUUCCAAAAUGAACCAAUGUAUCUUAGUUCAGAAGUGCAACCUUGCUACAGCAUUGUCCAUAAGCUACACUACAGAGGGACAUAUACAAGUGAUGGGCUGGGUGCUGUUAUGAUCUUUCAGUUAUUGCAAAAUUCAGCUGUACAAAGUUAUUUUGGGCACACAAGUUUGAUAAUCAGGCCAGGAAGAGGCAAAAGUAGAAGGAAAAGGAAGAGAAAGCAGAACAGUUUUACUGAAUGCAAACAUCAGACUUAAUUUCAAACUCAGCAUGUCUGUGGUUCUUAAGACUGUAAAGACACUGGUGGACUCGGGUAUAUAUACAUCUAAUAACAUCACAAAGUUAAGAUUGUAACUUCAAUUAUUUUUAAAACAAGGAAUAUUUCUUUCCCUACUAAAAGAUGCUAUGUGUGUAGAAAUUAGGCUACUAAAAGACAGUUAACCAACCCAAGAUCCCUGCUACAAGAAUUCAGCUUUCACUUACACUGUAACUGAGGACAACCAUUCUGACAGAACUUUCUAACAAUAUAGAAGAAAUAAAGUUAUUGGGAGAGGGUUAAGGUUUUCAAAGUGAUGGUCUAGAUCACAGUAAAGGUUCUUAUUGUUACUGUAGCUCUUAUAUCUCUGGGACUUCUAACAUAUCAGAGAUACUUAUGUGACAAGAAUUACUCCCAAUUCCAGGUCAUUCAUCUUGAUUAAGGAAUAUUGCUUUCUGUGCCUUGGAUAUCCUAUCUGAAAAUAUACAGCUAGGAUUCGAUGCACACCAAUCAAUGCUAGAGUGCCAUGUAUCCCUAGUUUGUGAUCAUCCAAACAAGAUAUGAAAUGCUGUUGCCAUGGGAAGGAGGGUACCAAGAUACUGCAAAAGGAUGGCUGGAAUAGUUUCUUGUUUCCACUUAUGUCCAUCUACAAAGGCAAUUAUAUAUAGAAAGACAGUGAGAAUUUGACAGAUGACUUAAUCAGUGGAAUUUCUCUUGCAAAUGAAACUCCAGUUUGUUCAGGGGUUUUUACUAGACAGUGAUCCUGGCCACUAUUGCAAAGCACUUUCAUUUAAACAAGGUAUUUGCUGAAUGUACUUUUCUUACUUGAAACUCUAUAUCAAUCACCAUCUCCAUUCUUAUUUUAAUAAAAGAUAUGUGGGAUGGGAUGGGUUUUUUUUUAGCCUCAUUAAAAUAGUUCACACUAAACAUUUUUAUUUAAUUACGUUAUUUCUUUGUUUCCAAAUUAUGGCAAUAUACAGUAAGUAUGGGUUCUACAACCUUGAAGUAUAUAUAUAUGAGCUACCCUAUAAUUAUAGAGUAUAAUUAGAAAAAAGAUUAUAGCCAGCACUAGCUUCCUGCAGUGGAAUUAAUGGUGCGACAGAUUAUUCUUUUUGAAAACAAAAUCCCUUUCUCCAUGCAACCUUAAGCUUAGGGAAUUGUCUAGAGCACAUUUGGGAAUAAAUGGGAGCAUGGGAGAACACCAACAAAGGCAGGAGAUGAUAUAGCACAAGUAGAUGUAAUAUGUGUUAGGUAAGCUCCCCGUUGGAAGAGCAAGUGUAUUCAGAGAAGCGUUGUGAGAGUUGUGUUGGAGAACAC